CUUUAUUAUUAUUAUUAUUAUUAUUAUUAAAUCUGCAUAAAAUGUCGUCUUUUUUGUUAAUGUGUUAAGGAUUUAUGCAGGAUUAAAUGUCUAGUAAAAAUUAAUGUUACAUUUUGGAAUAUGCUUUGCAAUUUCUUUCUUUGUGAUUAUAAUUCUCGUGCAAAAUAUACAUUCACAAUAUAUCCUCUGUGUGUGUGUGUUUAGCGAUGGGUUGGACUAGAGCGUGACGUCAUGUGAUUAUCCCCAGCUAGAGCUCACACAUCUGCACGUUCAGUCCGGUGUGGAGAGCUAAUGUGGAGAGCUGCGUGCGCCUCUCCGGAGCGCGCUUGACAGAACGCGCGCAGCGCAUCUAUUUUGGAGUUCUUUUCGCGCGUCAAUUUGUUCGAAUUGAAGCAGUUUGUGAUUUUAUGAAUAUCUGCGUGCACAAUGAAUAGCUGUUACGUUGCAAGCAUGAGAAGAUCGCGUCACCAGAGCGCACUGACAGCUCAAGUGUUUCAGUGCAUGGGUGACACAACCUAACGCGUGAAGUCUGGAAAAACUAACCUGGCUGUCAGAAAGAUGAACUCAGAAUGGAUGUAACUCAGUCCAAUGCAACGAAGGAGGAUGCCAACAUCACCAUCACCUCAUGGCCGUACACGGAGACGGCAGCCGCGUUCAUCAUCCUCGUGGUUUCCGUCAUCAUUCUGGUCACCAUUGUUGGGAACGUUCUGGUCAUCGUGGCGGUUCUGACCAGCCGCGCUCUCCGCGCGCCACAGAACCUCUUCCUCGUGUCGCUUGCGUGCGCGGACAUCCUCGUGGCCACGCUAGUCAUUCCAUUCUCCCUCGCCAACGAGAUCAUGGGACAAUGGUACUUUGGCAGCACCUGGUGCGCGUUUUACUUGGCUUUGGAUGUUCUGUUCUGCACUUCGUCCAUCGUGCAUCUGUGCGCCAUCAGUUUGGAUAGGUACUGGUCUGUCACCAAAGCGGUGAGCUACAACUUGAAAAGAACCCCGAAGCGCAUCAAAAGCAUGAUCGCGGUGGUGUGGGUCAUUUCAGCCAUCAUCUCGUUCCCACCUCUCAUCAUGACCAAGCACAACGAGAAGGAGUGUUUAAUAAACAACGAGACCUGGUACAUCCUCUCCUCGUGCCUGGUGUCGUUUUUCGCACCGGGGUUCAUCAUGAUCACAGUGUACUGCAAAAUCUACCGCGUCGCCAAACAGCGUUCGUCCACAGUAUUCGUGGCCAAGAAUGGGUUGGAGAGGCAGCCCUCCCAGUCCGAAACGUGCUUUGUGAGGAAAGAUAAGUUUGAGAAAGAGUCUCCGAGCAGCAACAGCUCGGAAAGCAACCAGAGACGAGAGGAGCUAGAUGAUAUCGACCUGGAGGAGAGCGCGACGUCCGACAACAAACCCAAGAGCUCGCGCUUCUCCAAGCGCAGUCGGGUGGACGGCGCGCGGUUGUUACCGGAAAGGGACUUGCCGGAUCUCCUGGGUUUCAAUUAGGGGAGGAGAAGAGAAAAGAUCUAGGUGUGGUGUAGAAACAAACUGGCUCAGAUGCGGGAGAAACGCUUCACCUUCGUUCUGGCUGUGGUUAUGGGGGUGUUUGUCCUCUGCUGGUUUCCAUUUUUCUUCACCUACAGUCUGAAGGCCAUCUGCGGGCAGAGCUGCGAGCCGCCCGAGGCGCUUUUCAAGCUCUUCUUUUGGAUAGGUUACUGCAACAGCUCAGUGAAUCCCAUCAUUUACACGAUUUUCAACAGGGACUUCAGAAAGGCUUUUAAGAAAAUCGUUUGCUUGACUGCGCAGCGCACCUAAGAGACUCAUAUUUCGAUUCUUUAGUCACGAUUAAAAUGCUUGAAUGUCAUCAGAAUUCAAACCAAGUGGAAUCUGCAAACUAAUUAUGCCCUUUUCCAUAGUACUCUCAUUAAUUAUCAUGUCCAAAUUUAUUUUUGCUACUUUUCAAAUGCCUUUCAAUGUAUAUAAAAAGAUAAAUAUGUAUGCCUAAGUAUGUAAAAUACUAAAAAGAAUAACACAAAACAACAGACAUUGCAUUUUUAAAAUUGUAUGAGCUAUCAAACAGUAAAAUAACCUUAAACCAUUUCCAGGUAUUUAGUGAGACAAAUUUACUCCGAAAUGUUUCAGAUGUCACUUCCUCCACAAAAUGCUAUAAGAAAUUGACAGAAUUCUACUGUGAAGCAUAUGCACUAUGUUCACUGUUAAUGGAAAAGUUAAAGGAGUGUGAAAAGUGUGUUUUAAGGAAGUUUGUCAUCUAAAGUGCUAAAAGGACCAUAUGGCCAAACAUGUUUAUAGUUGAAGAAACACCCAAUGUCUUUUUAAUCAAUUGCACUGAAAAGAAAUGGUGUAGGAUUUACUCUGAAUUUUCAGUCAGAAAUGUUUUUAGUAAAUAUAGCAAAUACAAAGACAUGGCAAGUAACACAUAAACACGACAUAAGCAUUACAUUUUGAAGUGAAAGACUCACUAGUAUCUUCUUGUAAGAUACUACAGUGCUGUGUUUUGGUGAUUUAAAUGUAGCAAAGUUAGCUCUCAGUAUUUCCAUCGUUUAUUAUUUAAAACCCAACAAAAUAUGCUUGUGCUCU